UAGAAGUUAUUUUUUUUCCACACCAUCGUGGUAUGAAGAAAUAUUUAUUUAUGCCACCACAUUGCAAACAAAACUUUCUAAGUAGUACAGGAAUUAAGUAGUUUAUAUUUGUGGGUUGGCAUAAAAUAAAUAUCCCUUCACUCCAUGCCGACCGAAGCUGAAACGCAUCUGUGAGAUUCUGCUUUAAUUCGAGUUAAAUGACGGCACGAGCUAACAGAAUGAUUAGCUGGAUAAUUAAGCCCAUCUCCAGCAGGCCACCAGUCAAAGGCUAAACCUCAGGCGACGAACGACUUCGGUAUGCUGCAACAAAUGGAGGGGGACUCAGCAGGCGAUGGAGAAACGGAAUUAUUGGAUGAGUCCCACUAUGUAGCUGUGUCUCCUCGGCCCGAGCCCGCGAUGAGCAACAUAUCCGAAAAUGAAUUCUCCUGCCAUUGUUGCUAUGACAUCCUGGUCAACCCCACCACGCUGACCUGUGGACACAACUUCUGCCGCCAUUGUCUGGCUCUGUGGUGGGAGUCCUCACACAAGAACGAAUGCCCGGAGUGCCGGGAGAAGUGGGAAGGGUUUCCCAAAAUCAACAUACUGAUGAGGGAUGCAACUGACAAGCUUUUCAGUGAGGUUGUACAGAGGAGGAGGAUGGAGAUCCAGGCAAAUCCCAAAAUCUCUCGGAGCCUGCUAGCCUUCCAAAGACAUGGAGACAACCUGGGCAGAGCCAGGACGACCCACAACAGGGGAGCAGGCUUCUUCUUUUCUGGAGUACUGACUGCCCUCACAUGUGUGGCUGUGGUGGUGCUGGUGUUUCACUGGGGCAGUGGUGUGAUGGAACAACAUGACCUGUUGAUCAGCAAACCUGUGUCUCACUGGACAUCAGAGGACGUUGUGUAUUGGCUGGAAAACCUGGGUCCAUGGACCGAGCCUUACAGAGGAGCCUUUCAGCAGGAGAACGUCAAUGGAAGGCUGCUGCUGAUGCUGGGGGAUGAAGAGUUGAUGAAAAAGCCUUACAACAUAGAAAACUCAGUGCACAGAAGAGCUGUUUUAGCUGAACUGGACCGAGUUAAGGCGCUGGGGGUCAAACCCCCACAGAACCUCUGGGAAUACAAAGCGGCGAAUGCCGGGAAGUCCCUGUUCCUGCUGUAUGCUCUCAAGCGCUCCCCUCGUCUCACAAUCUUUUACUUGUAUUUAUUUGAUUAUUCGGAGACCUUCCUUCCUUUCCUGCACACCUGCUGCCCGCCGUUUACACACACUGAAGAGCCCGUGGAGAGCAGUUUUCUCAAAACCCAGUUGGAGCCCAGCUGGCAGCAGUGGGUGGAGUUCCUAGUGAAGUACUGCGUGCUUCCAUACCAGCUGAUUGCAGAAUUUGCAUGGGACUGGCUGGCCAUCCACUACUGGACGUCCCGCUUCAUCAUUGUUAACGCCAUGCUGCUGUCGGUACUGGAGGGCUGCUUUCUGUGGAGACUGUGGACCACAGCCAGGUUAAGGACUCUGCCACAACAGAUGUGGAACCACUUGUGGAAAAUGCUCUCUCAGGGAUUUGCCUUCGCCCUCAUGUGGCCUUUCGUCCCUCAGUUUGUAUGUAACUGUCUCUUCUACUGGGCUCUCUACUUCAGUCCCAUCAUCAAUAUAGACCUGGUGGUGCAGCAGCUGAUGCAUCCGGAAACACAGGCGCAGUGACGUUCUGCAGGCUUUGUGCUCAGCAGAUGAAGCAGUCGGGACUUUAACCUCUGAGCAGACGGGGGGGGGGUUGUGCCGCAGAGACUGACUUCUUCUUGAUCCUCAGCUUUCCGCUGCACUCUGACCACACUGUGGACCAUGACAGACCUUAAGCUUAGGUCGGGGAAAAAAAGUAAAAACUGAGAAGAUGUGACGUCCUAACAAGCCUGUGGGAGUCUACAGUGACUUGUUUUCCUGGGAGGUGAUAUUUGACAUGAUUAGUGAUUAAAUAGUAGUGGAAAUGAAGACCUCGUGGUCUUAUGCUGACAUAUUUUCAAGCACUGAAAAGGAUAUUUUUUUAUAUCGAUUCAAGAGACAAAUCAAAAAAGCUUUUUUGACCGUUAAUCCAAAAAUCCAAUUCUUCAAAAUGAUUCACUUAAAAUAUUAAUUCCCCCUUAGAUGAACAACAUGCGGCCUAUUUUCUCUUUACUGCUAUUUCAUCGAUCCAAAAGUACGUUUUCAAUGCAGAGGCAGCUUUUCAAUAAUGGUCUGGUUUCAUGAUGGUUAAAGAGGUGGGCAAGAAGUAUGACCCUCACUAUAAAUGAUGCUGAGUCUCUGCAAAGUUAAGAAAUCGUGUUAUCUUUAGAGUCCGUGAGUUUGGAAAGAGUUAAAAGGCCAUUUUCACCAGUUUGCAGAAAACAGAAGCUGAUGAACACUUCUGCUCUCAGGAGUGGAUCCUCCAACAAGUUCAUCUCAACUUCAGCUCUAAAAUCCAUCAAAAGUAUGUCAAACAAACUCAGAAGACCACACAAAAAGAUUUACCGUUGACAUUUUCUCACUAGUAAACGCUCUUUAUUAACAGCUGUCAAGCAUGUUGAUGGAUUGAAGAUUUUGUUUUGCUGCCAAAAGACCUCCGCAUUUUGUAACUGAACCCACCCUCAAACGCAGCGGUUUACCAGAAGAUUCCACCAAAUAUUCCUCAAAAAAGCAAAUCUCUAGAGAAAACACUGAUUGAAUCUGUUAGUAUUAACAACAUUUGUUUCAAGCCAAAAUGAUUCCCAUAUUGUGCUUGGAUGUUCACUUGAAGCUCAUUUUUCUUCAUUUUAAAAUCCGAACGGUUUGGACUUUUUUUUUCAACCCAACCGACACAACAACAGCAUUGAAAGGGGGAGUUUUUGCACUCAAGACUGGAUAUCUUUCGAAUGUAUUCUUUGCAUCUGAGUUGUGAUCUUGCAGAAGUGUUUGGUGGAAAGAUCCAAGUUUUAAAUGUUGGGCUUUGUCGUUCAGCAGCCUGCUAUCAGAACCAUUCAGGUCAGAUUAUUCUCACUUACAUUUCUUCAGUUUCCCGACACAUUUGAAAAGAAAGGAAAACCAAAUUUUUGCUAUUUUUAGAGAUGCAAAUCUGUAUUGUGCAAUUUCUGUUUUUCUUUUUCUUUGUUUGCAAAUUUUGUUUUUAUUUGGUUGUAUGUGGAUAAAUACAACAUUGCACAUUUUUUACUGUUCAGGAAGAUUUUUUUUAUGCUUUUAGCAUCAUUGUUGAAUAGAGCUGAUCUCUUUUUUUUUUUAACUGUUUAUUUGCACUUAAGUUUUACACUGUGAUAUUGUUCUUUUUUUUCUUUAUUUGAACAUUUUAAAACACUGUUCGCUUAUUGUUGGAUAUUUUUUUUACUUCCUGGGAAAUUGACAAUAAAAUUGCAUUGAAUAAAAAAUGUAUUUGAUUUUGUAGACUCAAUAAAUAACUGACUUUAUAUUGAGUUGGUUUUUCAAGUAAAUAACAGUUGCUUUGAAAUGUCUCAUGCAGGUUCUGAAUUUGAGCUCUAAGAGUACAGAUGGUUAACUCGGACUAUACCAGUGUCAAGAACAGGCAAAAUCUUUUUGGUACCAUUUGGAUUAUUAUCAGAAAGCUACUAUGAUUUGGGUUGGAAUUCUGAUCCACUUUUACAAUGAAAAUAAAUAGUAGAAUUGGGGUAAACGGCCCCUUUCUGCAGUGCAGGAGAAGAGGAAUAUUUCUUUUUUAUUUAGCUGCAAAAAAGCUUUCUCUGUUUUUUUUUUUUUUACCAGAUCUGAACCAGGCUACAGCAUAUUGUUUAACUUCUGUAUAAAAGCCUGCUUGCUGAUGGAAUGAUUCACUGAAACUUAAAAUGUAUGCAUAUAUUUUUAAAUAAAAACAUUUAUUUUCAAGGA